UUCUCAGACUGCUAUGAUCCUUUGGAUCCUAAUGGAAAUAUUGCAGUUACAUUUGAUAUUCAUGAGUGGACAACUGACGGGUAUCAGGCCAGAGUAAGUAUCGAAAAUCGUUAUCAGUAUCGGCAUAUCGACAAACCGGGUUGGAAUUUAGGGUGGGAAUGGACUAAUAAAGAGGUAAUCUGGUCGAUGUGGGGUGCGUUCGCCACAGUACAAGGCGAGUGUAAGGCUUUCAAGUUCCAAAAACCGCACUCUUGCCUGCCAAAUCCUGUCAUUGCUGAUCUGAUGCCAGAUUCCUUGCCCGUUAACAGGUCAGAAGAUUGUUGUCAUGGAGGCGUUCUAGCUGCCUGGGCUAUCGAACCUUCCAAUUCAUUUUCUUCCUUUGAGAUGACGGUUGGAAACUUGAACGGGAAUUCAACGGUAUCUCCACCGGCUAAUCUUACAUUAUUAGCACCAGGGCCUGGCUACACUUGUAGUCCAGUUCAGGAGACUGAGCCUACUCAGUCAUCAGAUCUUGGGGGCAGAAGAAAAGUUCAGGUUUAUAGAACAUGGAAAUCAAAAUGCACAUACUCUAGUUUUUUAGCAAAUACGAAACCUGUUUGUUGCGUUUCUCUCUCGACAUUCUAUAAUUCCAAGGUCACAACUUGCCCUGAAUGUAGCUGUGGAUGCAGAGAGACAGAACUAACUUCGGUUCCAUGCAUAAGGGGAGAUUCAUCGUCAUCGGUAUCGGAUGUUAAUAGUCAAGAAAUUGUGAAAUGCACAAAUCAUAUGUGUCCUGUGAGAGUUCAUUGGCAUGUGAAGAACAAUUACAGGAGUCAUUGGAGAGUAAAACUUACAAUUUCUAAUUACAAUUAUAAGAGAAACUAUUCAAACUGGAAUGUAUUAGUACAGCAUCCUGGUUUCAGUCAGAAGACCACUGCAUACAGCUUCAAUACUACAACACUCCCCACUUUUGGCUUCACAGAUAAAGUUGCCCUGUUCUGGGGAUUACAGAACUACAACAAAGAAAUAUUACAAGUGAAUGAGGAACAAGUAGGAUCAGUAACAACAGAGAUACUUCUAGAAAAAGAUUUGAGCAUUUUUACUUUUAGCAACGGCUGGGCAUUUCCGCGACGAAUAUAUUUUGGCGGCGAGGACUGCGAAAUGCCUCUUCCCGACAUCUUUCCUACACAACCAAAUGCCUGCUCCGCCACAAAACCACCUCCUUAUCUUUUCAUUCUCCUCUUACUGUAUUGGACUUUCAGAUUCUCAUGACUCGGCUUUGAUUUAGUGAAUAACUUGUACAUAAAAAUUGUGAAUUUUUCCGGAAGAAAUUCUUAUAUAGAUCUUGUCCAUCACGACAUUUAUAAACAGAACUAAUGAUA